AGUCUCAGAUUCGUUACCCUCCGUGAAGGGUCAUGCAAUCCUCGAGCAGCGAUCGCCGCAGCCGUGUCAUGUCCUCCCAGCCGGGAGAAUCAACAGUUCGAACCCGAGUCGUUUCUUCCCGUGUGGAAUCGGGGGAUCCGUCCGGUCGGACCCGUGUUAUGACCACACGAGAAGAGUCAAGCGAGCCCAUUGUCCGCACCACUCGGGUUGUCACUUCCCGAGAGGGGUCGGGCCCUACUGUCCGAACGACCCGUGUUACAACAUCCCGUGAGGGAUCGAGUGAGCCCGUCGUUCGAACGACGACCCGUACUACAACGUCCCGAGAUGAGCCUAGUGAACCUAUAGUUCGCACGACUAUGACCCGUACCAUAACGUCCCGAGAAGAAUCCAGUGAACCUAUAGUCCAGACCCGAAUUAUAACAUCCGGCGAACCAGUAGUGAGAACCCGUGUCGUAACAAGUAGAGAAGAAUCCAGUGAACCUAUUGUCCAAACCCGUAUCAUAACUUCGGAACAGAAAUCUGGCGAGCCGAUUGUUCGAACCCGAGUUGUCACAUCACGCCAGGAAUCUGGUGAGCCCGUGGUUCGAACCCGUAUCGUAACGUCAGAGGAGAAGUCUGGAGAACCUAUAGUUCGAACCCGUGUCAUUACGUCAGAGGAGAAGUCCGGGGAGCCUAUAGUUCGAACCCGUGUCAUUACGUCAGAGGAGAAGCCCGGGGAGCCUAUAGUUCGAACCCGAGUAGUGACAUCGCGCCAGGAAUUUGGAGAGCCGUUGGUUCGAACCCGCGUCGUAACCCGGGAAGAAUCUGAUGGUGUUGCAUCCCCCGAGAAGACAACUAAAAGUUCAGGAGAAUCUCGCACUGUUCACACCACUCGUGUGGUCAAGCAAGUGAGCUCCUCUUCACCUGGUAAUAAUAAAACGGUCACCGAAACUACGGUCACCUCCUCCAAGGCUGCCCCACAGGUGCGAACUGUCACUCGAACCACUACAAAACUGGUCUCUUCACCCUCCAAGAAAACGAAGAUUUCUGACAUUAUUACUGGUGCAUCUGAUGCAACUGUCACUGCACGAGAAGCCCUUCUUAAAUGGGCUCAGAGAACUACAGAACGUUAUCCAGGUGUUAGGAUUACUGACUUUACCAGCAGCUGGAGAGAUGGUCUGGCAUUCAAUGCUAUACUUCACAGAAACAGACCCGAUAUACUGGACUUCAAGUCAUUGAGGUCAAGAAAGGCUAAAGACAAUUUGGAACUGGCGUUUUCUUUAGCUGAAAAGGAAUUUGGAAUUACCAGAUUGCUUGAUGCCGAAGAUGUAGACACUCCUGAACCAGAUGAAAAAUCUAUAAUUACAUAUAUUUCGUCUAUGUAUGACGUUUUUCCUGAACCACCUGCUUAUCACCCAUUUGCUGAUGAUGAGAAAAAUCGGAAAGUUGAUGAAUAUAAGGAUCUUGCUCAAAGUUUGUUAACAUGGAUGAAGGACACUCUAGACGCUUUCAAGAAUCAGAAAAUGUUUAAAACUUUGAUAGAUAUGAAGGGUUUGUUGUUGGAAUCUUCCAAAUUUCGAUCUGACGAAUUACCAAAACGACUACGUGACAAGCAAAGGCUCUCUCAUUUGCACCGAGAUAUUCAGAAACUUAGUCGUCAUACUAGUCAUGUUGACUUCCCAAAAGAAUUAACUAUUGAAGAAUUAGAAAAAAUAUGGAAUCAAGUUACUUCUGCAUUACAAGAAAGGGACCAAAAAAUUAAGGAUGAAAUAUGCAGAUUAGAGAAGUUGCAGCGGCUGGUUGACAAAUAUAACAGGGAGUGCAAAAUCUGUGAUGGAAAACUAGAUGAUGUAGAAAAACGCAUAUCAGAGGAAGAAAAAAGAAUUCAAAGACUUCACUUCGUUGAUGCAAAGCACAACUGUGACCAAAUUGAAAAUGACCUUAAAUCUAUCGAUGAAAUUUUGAAGUCAUUACAAAAGGAUUAUAUUGUAUUUGAAGAUAAAAAUUAUCACCAAACAGCCGAUCUGAAACUCAAGUUGGAAAAUUUAAAAGAGAAAUAUCAACAUUUGAAAACAGUUUAUCAGACUAAUUUGUUAGUAUUACUUACAGACAGAUCAGAGAAAAAUAUUAAUAUAAAAAAGAAUGUCAAACAAAGGAAUGUAUCUCCUGAGAAAUCAACUGAAACUAGUAAACAAGUUUCAUUAUUUAAAGAAUACCUUGACUGGAUUGAGAAAAAACAAAAACGUGUUGAAACAAUAGAAUUUGGGACAGAUUUUCAGUCUGUUAAGAGCAAUCUAGAACAAAUGAAGGCAGAAACUAAAGCAAUUGAGCAGUAUAGGAAGAAAAUUACCUCAAUGUCGGCACAAAAGAGCUCUAAAGACACCGAUAAUGCCGAAGAAAUAUUUAAAAUUGAAACCAAAUUUGAAGCAUUAGUUAGCUAUUCGUCUAAAAAGCAACAAGAAUUGGAAACUUUACUAGAUUUUGUACAGUCAGCUUCUAGGGAGCUGAAAUGGAUGGCUGAUAAAGAAGAAGCUGAAAUUAUGCGUGACUGGAGUGCCAAGAAUUUAAAUCUUGCUGAAUUGGAACUUCACCAGGAGACUUUGACUAGUGACUUAGAGAAACGAGAGAUUCAGUUCAAUGCUAUUCAGAGUAGAGGAGAAAGUUUGUUGCUGCAAAACCAUUCUGCUUCCAAAGUUAUUGAAGGGUUUUUGAAAAACAUGCAGAAUCAGUGGUCAUCACUCUUACAACUCGCAUUUUGCUUAGAGAUUCAUUUGCGCUAUGCUCAAACAUAUCAUCAGUUUUUCAAAGAAGCCCGUGAAUGUGAACAGUUUAUUAAAAAGACCGAGGAAAGAUUAAAUACAACAUUUAACAAAUCUGUGAAUUCAAUCGACGAAGGAGAGCGAUAUUUGAAGCAAAUGGAUGUACUUAAGGAAGAUCUUUCUAAGUACAAUGACAUAAUUUGCAAUUUGGUUCAACAAUCCGGUGAGAUUCUACCCUUAAAGCAAAGGAAAUUACAACCGUCCAAACCAUUAUCCAUUACAGCCAUAUGUAACUACAAAUCGCCUGAUUUUCUCAUUUCUAAAGAUGACAAGUAUCUAUUGAAAGAAAUAUCGCAUCGAAUGACGUGGAAGGUAACUUCAUCAAAUGGAAAAGAUGGUACAGUUCCAAGUGUAUGUUUUAUUAUACCACCACCAAAUUCGGAAGCAAUCGAGUUAGCACAAAGUCUGAAAAAACGUUAUGAUGACCUCUUAUUAAUAUGGACUCAAAAAAAGAAGAAAUUACGUCAAAAUCUCAUUUUAACGACCAUUAAAGUCGUGAAAACUUGGGAUAUAUCGCAUUUUCGCAGUAUGGAUGUGGCUCAGAGAGAAUCAAUAAUGAAUGCAUUAAAUGCAGAUGCCCAAAAACUCAUUAGCGAAGGUGCUGAAUCAGAACCAGCAUUAAUGAAAUUGAAGCAAGAGAUGGAACAAUGUAAUGUCAUGUUCGAUUCGUUGGUGAAAAAACUCACUGAGGACGAAACUGUAGCUGAAAAAUCUCCUAAAAGUUCAGGAAGAAAACUUUCUGAUACAAUUAUGGGGCUACAAAAUAUCUUAAAUGAGAAAGAGAAGUUUUUGAAAAAUAAAUUACAUGCACCUAUCGGAUUGGAUUUAGAUACACUGGAAAAUCUUGUGAUCGAGCAUAAAGACUUUGAUAUUAACCUAAGAGCAUUGGAAGAUCAGAUAAAUGAAACCAUUCAAUCUUUUAAAAAUACCAAUAAAAAGACUACAGCCUUACAGAUGAAAUAUGAUACCCUGGUUCAAACCUGGGAUAGAAUAUGGGAGCUUUCUAAUUUGUAUAUUGAAAAAUUGAAAACUGUGGAAGUCUGCAUUCAUCGAUUAAAUGAAGCCACACAAACAGUGUCGAACAUAGAAGUAAAAUUAGCAUCUUGCCAUAAUAUGUCAUCAGAUUUAGUAGAUUUACAAAAAGUCCACGAUGAUCUUCUAUCAUUUCAAGAAGAUAUGCAAGCUUCCCAAAGUAUCAUUGAUGAUGCACAAGAAUCAUCUAGAAAACUGAGAGAAUUAAUGGUACGGAUUAGAACAAAGCAAGCUAGUCAUAGUGACGUAAACAAGUAUGAAAACGAUUUAAAGAAACUUGUAACUAGAUGGGAUAAUGCCAAAUCUCAGAUUGUCGAAAGAUUAAGAAGUUGUGGCGCUUCCUCUGAAUUACUUAGAACUUAUCAAAGUAAAAUUGAAAAAGAUGGUGUUUGGAUUUCUCAAACUACCGUAAAAUUGAACAGCCUAAAGACAGUUAAGAAAAUGACCACAAAAGAAAUUGAAUUGACUGUAGAACCCUCAAUGAAUUUGUACUCCUCAAUCGCUGAAAAAAGUUCCUCUUUUGAAGAGACAAAUGCUCUUGGAGCUAGGUAUAUAAGGGAAGCAAAGAUAUAUGACCUCAGACUGAAGCAUUACAAAGAAAAUUUAGAAGAGGAGCAUCCUAGUCUGGAUGCCAGCCUUCAAAAGAGUACUACUGUUAUUUCUGGAGCUGAUGCAGUUGAAAGAGAAUUAGACCAUUUGAAUCAUCAAUAUUCAACUUUAAUGCAGACUAUUUUAGAUUAUCUAGAAGAACUGAAAGAGGCUUUUACUGUGCAGCAGAGGGAAAAGUGGCUCUCGAUCAUCUCCAAUGCUGCACCAGUUUCUUUGAGGACAUUUACAUCUUUUAUCAACCAAGUACCCUCUAGCGAUCAGCUAGUUUCAGAAUAUGAGAUUCACUUAAAACAGACAGAAAUUCUACCAGUUCAAUCCCAAUAUGGUGAAAAAACAGAUACAGGUUUCUCGUUUCUUACUAAGGACGAAAAUAAUUUGCAGGAAAUAGAAAAGACUGUGGAUUCUAAGAGACGGAUAUCCAACGUCAGUGAGUCUCUUGAAUAUGAGUGUAUAUGUGAAAUUAACGGAAUUUAUAAUCCUAUCUUGGAAAAAAUGGUGUCUCUACAUGAGGCAGUUGAGCAAAGUAUUGUAAGUUGUGAAAAUAAACAAAUAACUGAUUUAAGAACAGGAAGAAGAAUGUCUCUUGAUGAAGCAGUUGCAAAAGGCUUUAUUGACAAAACACUUCAUAACAAUAUAGUCACUAAAUGUGGCAUAUAUUUUCCUGGAACGAAAGAGGAACUAUCUAUAAUUGAGGCUAUGCAGAAAGGCUUGUAUGAUUGUAAAAAAGGAACACUUUUAAAUCCUCAAGAUAAGAGACCAGUCACUCUGACUGAUGCAUUUCAUCUUGGUAUUAUAAAAAAAUCAGGCAUGAAAAAUCUCUUAGAUAAGAAAAUAAUUAAAACUAAAAACCUUUCUAUUGCCGAGGCCAUUGAAAGGGAAUUUUUGGAUCCUAAAAGUGGAUUAUUUCGCGAGCCUUUGACAAAUCGCACUAUUGAUUUUAAGACCGCUGUCUCCAAAGGAUGCAUUAACUUAAUUUCUGCUACUGAUGUCGGUUGUGGAAUAACUCUUGCUGAUGCAGUUGACCGUAAUAUGGUACAUAAUCAAUCUGGUCAAAUUUUAGAUCAAGAUUCUGGCGAAAAAUAUACUACCGAUGAAGCUAUUUCGAAAGGUAUUCUUAGGUGUGAUGUUCCCGAAAUUGUUGAUGUUAAAAAAUGCGAAUUGUUAAAUCUUAAUCAAGCAUUAAAGAUUGGUAUACUGAAUGCACAAAGUGGAAGAUUCAUUGAUAGUGAUACUUUAAAGCAGUAUUCUUUUACUGACGCUAGGAAACAAAACUUCAUAUGGAAACCUUUGACUCUUAAAGAUGCAUUUGAAAAAGGUUUAAUUAAAAACGAUUCUAUUAAGAAUCCUAUUACUGGAGAAUUUCUAUCAAUACUAGAAGCGUUAUCGUGUGGAAUUCUAGACAGUGAGCUGAAAUGUAUCGUAGAUCCUGAAUUAAAUGAAUUAUUAUCGCUUCCCGAGGCCUUAUGCAGAGGCAUCAUUUUACCAAAUGGCACAUAUUCUGAAAUUGGAUCAAAUCGUUAUUUGACACUUUCAUCAGCUGUCGAAGACGGCUUAAUUACUUCAGUUAUGCAUAAAACAAUAUUUGAUGUUGAAGGAAUCAAAGAUGAGAAGACAAAUGAAAUGGUUAGUUUCAAUAUUGCAUUGGACAGGAAUAUAAUAGAUUUAAAUCAAGGAGUGUAUAAAAAUAACUUGACAGGGGUAUGUUGCACUUUAGAAGAAGCUGUAUCUAAAGGACUUAUACAACAUCAAAUAUAUGACAUGCUUACCAAACCUAUUGGUAUCAUGGAUGGGACUAAGGAGCUUAAUCUUAUUGAAGCCUGUAAAAAAGGUUAUAUUGAUAGUAAGACUGGUCAUUUGAGGGAACCUAAAUCAAAAAAAGUGUUAUAUAUGAAAGAGGCAAUUGAAAAAGACAUUAUAACACAUGAAGGAGCAGCUCUUUUAAAAGGAUUGUUAAAUAUAACUGUGACAAUGGCAAGUGUUACCCGAAGUAUUACAAGAUAUGUCGAUUCUUUAAAUGGUAUUGAACAGGAUGUUGAUUCUGCUGUUGCUCAAAAUAUUAUUCAUGAUAUAUUGAAGAAAGACGCUGACACAAUAACAAAGUUGUCAGAAGAAUUAGAAUCCACUCCUGAAAUGGAUAUUUCUGUUAGAGGGAGUCAAGCAAAACAACCCUCUCUUUCAGAUAACACUGUACUAGAAAUCUCAGAAAGUCCCUCUUAUACUAAUUAUUUCGACAUGCAUAAAGAUGAUGGUGCCGAUUCUGACUAUAAUAAUAUUUCAUUUUGUACAAAGAGGAUUUCUUCGCCUAUAAAAGUUUCUGAAAGCAUCUCAACACAAAUGAACGAUACAGUUGUUACGAAUCGUUGGAUUGAUUCUAUUUCAGAAAAGGAUGCAAAAGACGAAAAUAUUGACAUGAAAAGCGGUUUGCAACAGAACCAAACUAGUCUAAGUGUUCAAGUCUUAGAAUUGCCCCCAGAUGGCUGGUAUUUGCAAGAUGCUAUCAAUAAAAAGCUUUUUGAUCCUCAAACUGGAUUAUUUACGGUCCCUGGUACUGAUCGCUUAGUUUCAUUUGAAGAGACUGUAAAAAUGGAAAUUAUAAAUCCAAGAUCGGCAAGUGUUGUUGUGCCUAAAACAAAACAAACUGUGUCUUUGGAUUCUGCUUUGGAAAUGAAGAUCUUAGAUUCCACUGGAAGUUAUAAUAAUAAAACUGGUGGUAAAAUAUCGAUGCAAAAUGCCAUUGAUAAGAAACUUAUAAUUUUUAUAGAACCAAUGCAAAAUCAAAGAGACGCUUUUAUGUUCCUUGAUGACAUCAAUAUUGAAAAUUCAGGAUAUCAUAUUUCAAACACAGUUAGUGAAACUUGCCCUUCUAAAAUGAUUAGUAAAUUACCAGUUAAAUCUGGAUUCUGGCCAGAACAGAAGUGUAUCAUUUUACAAAAAAUGCCUAAGAAGAUAAUAUCUCCUAAUGAUGCUGCUAUGGAUGGACUAAUUGAUUUUGAAACUGCUAAACUUUUAAAUGCCUUAAGCGUCAAAAUAACACCUGAAAAACUUUCUCCAAUACCUGAUGAUGAAAAAUGUGGUAAAAUCCCAGAUUAUAAGAAGGGGGAGUAUGUAUCUAUUCGGGAGGCAUUUGAUCUUAGAUUUAUUGAUAAUGAAUCAGGGAAAUUGCUCGUACCAGUUGGACGCUCGUUAAGUAUUAACGAAGCUUUUAAUCAGGGAUUAAUCAAUGAUUUAUCAGGCAAAGUUAUUCAUCCAGAAAGUGGUUCUGAGCUUACUAUUGAGGAGGGUAUUAUGUGUGAUAUUAUUAAUCCAUACUCUUUUUGUAUUGAUCCAGUUACUAUGAAUGAAAUAACUCUUUCAAAUGCAUUGCAGAAAGGCAUAAUCGACUCUAGCACUGGUGAAAUAAUUUCUUUUGAAGGAAAAAUUUCUCUUAUUGAAGCUGUGAAUAAAAAUCUUUUUAAAGCCGUUGAAUACCCUUUCAAAUGCCCACCAAUGUUAGCUCUUACUUUUCCUACUGCUCUACAAUUAGGCUGCAUUGAUGUAGAAAAGAAGGAAUUUAUUCACCCACGUUCAAAUAAAAGAAUUCCUAUUCAAAAGGCUUUUGAAAGUUCUGAACUUUUAGCAAUUCCUGUACAACCGCAAAGAGAAUACUUCCUAUUAGAUGAUGCCUUGAAUAAAAAGUUAAUAAACCCUAAAAAUUGUACUUUUCAGCACCCUGUUACUGGAAUAAUAACUGACGUGCGGGAAGCAGUUCAGUCUGGUCUUCUUGUUAUGAAACCAGCUAGACUUACUAGUAUUUCAUCUUCAAUAUUAACUCAGAUGGAGACUUCUGAGAAAGAGUUUUCUAUCACAAAAGAUGGUAUAAUGGAUAAUUAUUCAUUAUCUCAUUCAAUAAAUAAUAUGUGUGGUAUGCCUUUCUAUACCGCCAUAGCUGAGGGCUGUGUAAAUUUAGAUUUAGGAUUGUUUUUUGAGAAAACAACAGAGAAAACGUACACCAUAACUGAUGCUCUAAGACUACAACUGCUUCAGCCUUUUAGUAUGGUUACAAAUACUGAUGAUAAAUACUCUCUUUCCCAUGUAUUCUUAGAUUUAUUUGAUGAUAAUACAGAAAAAAUAAUUAUACCGGAUUCACGAGAUCUUGUUUCUUUUGAAUAUCUUGUUAAAAAUAAUUAUAUAAAUGUAGAUACUCUUUUGUAUAUAAUAAAUGACAAGGCAGUUGUAUCAUUAAAAGAUGCAUUAAAUAAGAAUAUCAUUGAUUUAAAAACUGGUUGCUAUAUUGGAGCGUCUAGUGGGAACUUGAUAAACAUUAAAAAAGCAGCUAAAUUAGGAUAUGUGGCAUUUAUUGAUGCACCAGUAUUACCAAUUGGUAAUUUUCUUAGCGAAAUUGAACCAUUAUCUGUUGAUUCAAUUUCUAAAAAGACUAUUGUACAUAGACCAACUUCAUUGCCAUUAGAUUCCAGUAUAUUAGACCAAAAGACUCCAGAUUCAGAAAAUAUUUCCCCAGAUAUGAAAAAAGAGAGUGACAAUCGUGGAAAAACGACUACUGAAUCGAAAUAUAUGAAAUAUGAUAAUGAUAAAUCAAAAGGACAAAAAGAUGCAUCGGCACCGUAUUCAUCAAAGCGGCCAAAGGUAGAUAGUAAAUUACCUGAUUCUGGUAGUCCUGUACCGAAAACGAAAGUAAAUUCUAUAGAAUCUUCUGAAAGUCCAAAUUUUGCUAAAGGGAAUAUUGAUGCAAAAUCAGUUAUUCAUAAAACUCGUUCAUCUCCUUCACGAUCGAAAUCACCUAUCAAAAUCCAAUCAAAAGCGCCAAGUAAAAGAUCGAUAUCGCCUACUAAAAUCGCUACAAUCGACAAAACUCGAAAUCUUCCAAGCGACAAAAAUCUCUCGGAAAAAGAAGAAUCUUCCAAUCUAAGUAGUGAAUACAUUUCUAAAUCUAUAAAAUUUGAAUCAAAAGCAUUUGUUACCUCUGUCACAGAAAUGAGCUCAAAUACAACCACUAUAAACAAUGACAAAAUAUCAACGAUUACAAGAACUUCUAAAGAAAUAUCUUCAAUUACUGACCAAAAGAGUCCAUCUGAAGAAUUAAGUUUUAUCAGCAAACAGGAUAAGACAGAUAAAACUGUGUCUGGUUCUACUGAUGACAUUUCUGUUAAAUCGGAACAUGAACAUGUGAUGCAUGAUUCACCAGAAGUUGCCUUUGAAAACGUUUCAAGUAAAUAUAAAGAUACCCCUGUACUUAAAGAAAAGCAUUUUCAACCGGAUCAUACAUUAAAAAAUGAAGAGAAACGUGAUCAACCACUUAAGAGAGAUAAUAAAUCCCCUAUCAAAGAUAGAGAAUCAGUAUCCCUAUCAACAGUUAUGCAUUUGACUAAGGAUACUGAUGAGAAUGAAACACUAUAUAAGAGUUCGACUUUACUUGAAAGUGAAUCACACAUUGAGUGUUUAAAAUUUUCUCCCGAUAACGACUCUAAUAUAUCAAAAGAGGAAUAUCAAGUAUCUUAUGAAAAAGUUUGUGUAGACUUAGAUGAAUAUUCAUAUUCCAAUGAGAGAAUUGAUGAAUCAACUGAAAAAGAACCUGUAUUUCAAAGUGAAGGAAAUUUACCAAACGAAAUUAAGUUAAAGCAAGCCGCAAAUGAAAAUGAAUCUCUUUUAAAAGAGUUUAAAUUGCCGAAAGGAAAUGAAUCAUUAACGAAAGAUGCUGGAUCAUUUAAAGAUGAUAAGUCAACAUCCAUAAUUUUAUCGGACAGGAAGGCUGAAAUGUCCACAAAAGAGAUGAAAUUGCCAUCGAAAGGCUUUCCAAUGGAGCAGACUGAAUUGCCAGUGAGAAAAACAAAAUCUCCUUCAAAAGAAUUACCUUUCAAAGAAACUCAAUCAACAUCUUCUAGAAAAGUAUUUGUGGUAGAGUCUAAAUCAUUAAAAGACAUUGAUUCACCAUCAGAUAUAUCUGAAUUGCCUCAGAGAGAAAUUGUUACAUUGUCGGAAGAGAUACAUUUCCGAGAUAAUGAUUCAUCUGUUCAAGAAACCGAACCAACAUCAAAUGAUUUUAAGUCUUCAACCGUAGUUUUACCGAGAGAGACUGGUUCUCUAACAUAUGUGGAUAAAUCUCCCUCAAAAGAACUGCCAUCAGAUCCAACUCCUUCGUCGAUAAAAGCAUUACCAAUAAAAUCGCCCCUACAAGAAUCGGCCGAAUCACUACCAAAUGAAAUAAAGUUCACACCUGCCCCGUCUAAAGACUUACCAGUGAUAAAACCUGGAUCGCCUUUUAAACAGACAGAAAUGCCAUCAAAUGAUAAAAUGCCAAAGGAAGAAUUACAAAAGGAAUCAACACCGCGAACAAGAGAAGUUAAAUCCCCCUCCAAAGAAAGUAAAUCUCCCGAAAAGGGAAUCAAAUCACAGAUAAGCGAAAGAAAAUCGCCAGAUAACUCUAUCGUAUCUUUCCAAGAAGAAACUAAAACGCCAAGAGAAAUAAAAUUUGCAGAAAAAAAUGGAAAGUCUACUCCGAAGAAAAUAAAAUCGCCUGAAAGAGAAAGUUCUAAAUCGUCAGAACUAGAGAGCAAAUCACCAUCAAGAGAAGUCACAUUGCCAGAAAAGAGAGGCAAAUCACCAACGAAGGAAAUCAAAUCGCAUGAAAAAGGAAGUAAAUUGUCAGAAGGAGAAAUCCAGAUUCCAGAAAAGACAAGUAAAUCACCUAUAAGAGAAACCAUAUCCCCGGAGAAAGAAAUCACACAAACAGCUAGAAACACUAAAUCCCCUAUAAAGGAAAUUCAACCCCAAACGAGAGAAAAGAAACCCUCAGAAAAGGAAGUCGCACCACUUGCAAGAGGUACCAGAUCUCCUGUAAAAGAUAUUCAGCUCCAAACAAGAGAAAUCAAACCAUCAGAAAAAGAAAUUAAAUCUCCUUUUGGUGAUAUUCAAUCUCCAGAAAAAGUAAGUAGAUCGCCAGUAAGAGAUGUCGAAUUUUCGAAGAAAAGAAGUAAAUCACCAGUAAAAGAUAUCGAGUCUCCAGAGAAAGAAAUUAGAUCUCCAGUAAGUGAUAUCGGGCCUUCAGAUAAAGGAAGUAAAUCACCUGCAAGAGAUAACAAAUUUCCGAAGAAAGAAAGUAAAUCGCCAUUAAAGGAUAUUAAAUCUGCGGAAGAAGAAAUUGAAUUUGAUACUGUAAGUGAUAUUAAGUCUCCAGAAAAAGAAAUUAAAUCGCCUGUAAGUAGUAUCGAGUCUUUAGAAGAAGAAAUUAAAUCACCUAUAAGUAAUAUCGAGUCCCCAGACGAAGAAAUUAAAUCUCCUGUAAGUAAUAUUAAGUCUCCAACGAAAGGAAGUAGAUCACCUGUAAGGGAUAUCAAAUCUCCAAUGAGAGGAAAUAAAUCACCAGUAAAAGAUAUUGAGUCUCCAGGAAAAGAAAUUAAAUUCCCUGCAAGUAAUAUCAAAUCGCCACAAAAAGAAAUUAGAUCUCCAGCAAGUGAUAUUGAAUCUCAAAGAAGAGAAAGUAAAUCACCAAUAAAGGAACUCAAAUCAUCACAAAACGAAAGCAAAUCUAUUGUCGAUCAUGAACCACCAACAAAGGAAAGUACAUUACCAGCAAGAGAUAUCAAAUCACUUGAAAAAGAAAGUCGAUUGCCAAUAAAAGAAAUAAAAUCACCUGAAAAAAUAGAAAGUAAAUCACCAGUAAAAGAUAUCAAAUAUCCAGAAACAGAAAGUAAAUUACCAGGUCAAGGGAAAAGAUCACCAAUAAGAGAGACCAUAUUUCCAGAAAAGGAAAGUAAUUUGCUAUCUAUAAAAACUAAAUCCCCUGACAAAGAAGAUAAACCCCCAAUGAUAGGAGUCAGACCUAAACAUGAAACUAAAUCCCCAUCAAAAGAAGAUAAAACGCCGGAAAGCGAAAGCAAAUCUCCAUCAAGAGAAAUCAUAUCUCCAGAAAGAGGCAGUUAUUCCCCAGUAAGAGAUGUCACAUCUCCAGUAAGAGAAAGAAUGUCGCCUGUACGAGAGGUCAAAUCGCAAGAAAGAGAAAGAGUAUCGCCAGUAAGGGAGGUUAAAUAUUUGGAAAGAGAAAACACAUCUUCAGGAAGAGAAAUUAAAUCUCCAGAAAGGGUUGGUAUAUUGUCAUCGGCAGAAGUCAAAUCUGCGGCAAGAGAAAGUAAAUCACCAACAAAAGAUAUCAAAUCUCCUGAAAGAGAAAGUAAAUCACCAACAAAAGAAAUCAAAUCUCCGGAAAGAGAAAGUAAAUCACCAACAGAUGUCAAAUCCCCAGAAAAAGAAAGUUAUUCGUCUAUAAAAAAAGCCCCAUCAUCAGUAAAAGAAAGUGUAUCGCCAGUAAGAGAGGUCAUAUCUCCGGAAAGAGAAAAUAUAUGGCCAAUAAGAGAGGACAAAUCUCCAGAAAAAGUUGGUAAAGCUCUAGUAAAGGAAAUCGAAUCACCAGAAAGAGAAAGUAAAUCACCAUCAGAUGUCAAAUCUCCAAAGAAAGAAAGUUAUUCACCUGAAAGAAGAGUUUCAUCUCCAGAAAAAGAAAGUAAAUCACCUGAAAGAGAAGCCGAAUCUCCAGAAGAAGAAAAUAAAUCACUCGUAAGAGAAAUAAAAUAUCCAGAAAAAGAAAGUAAAUCACCCGUAAGAGAAGUAAAAUCUCCUGAAAAAGAAAGUAAAUCAUCCGUAAGAGAAGUAAAAUCUCCAGAAAAAGAAAGUAAAUCACCCGUAAGAGAAGUAAAAUCUCCAGAAAAAGAAAGGAAAUCACCCGUAAGAGAAGUAAAAUCUCCAGAAAAAGAAAGUAAAUCACCCGUAAGAGAAGUAAAAUCUCCAGAAAAAGAAAGUAAAUCACCCUUAAGAGAAGUAAAAUCUCCAGAAAAAGAAAGUAAAUCACCCAUAAGAGAAGUAAAAUCUCCAGAAAAAGAAAGUAAAUCACCCAUAAGAGAAGCAAAAUCUCCAGAAAAAGAAAGUAAAUCACCCAUAAGAGAAGUAAAAUCUCCAGAAAAAGAAAGUAAAUCACCCGCAGGAGAAGUAAAAUCUCCAGAAAAAGAAAGUAAAUCACACGUAAGAGAAGUAAAAUCUCCAGAAAAAGAAAGUAAAUCACCCGUAAGAGAAGUAAAAUCUCCAGAAAAAGAAAGUAAAUCACCCGUAAGAGAAGUAAAAUCUCCAGAAAAAGAAAGUAAAUCACCCGUAAAAGAAGUAAAAUCUCCAGAAAAAGAAAGUAAAUCACCCGUAAGAGAAGUAAAAUCUCCAGAAAAAGAAAGUAAAUCACCCGUAAGAGAAGUAAAAUCUCCAGAAAAAGAAAGUAAAUCACCCGUAAGAGAAGUAAAAUCUCCAGAAAAAGAAAGUAAAUCACCCAUAAGAGAAGUAAAAUCUCCAGAAAAAGAAAGUAAAUCACCCAUAAGAGAAGUAAAAUCUCCAGAAAAAGGAAGUAAAUCUCCCGUUAGAGAAGCCAAAUCUCCAGAAAAGGAAAGUAAAUCACCAGUUAAAGAAAUCGAAUUUCCGUUAAGCAAAUCACCAACAAAAGAAAGUAAAUUGCUCGACAGAGAAUUCGAUACGCACGAGAAAGAGAGAAAGUUACCAGAGAGAGAAAUUAGAGUGCCAGAAAAGAUAAGUAAAUCACCAGUUAGAGAAAUCAAACCUACAGAAAAACAGAAUAAGUCACCAGAAAGAGGAAUAAAAUUAUCCUCAGGAGAAACUAAACCUGCAACCGACACUCAGUCACCAGUAAAAGAAAAUAAAUAUCCUGUAAAGGAAGCCAAAUCCCCAAUUAAACAAGAUAGGUCUCCAUCAAAAGAAGUUAAAGCACCAGUAAAAGAGGCUAAAACUCCAUCAAAAGAAAUUAAAUCUCAGACUAGAGAAGCAAAAUUGCCUAAAGAAUCACUCGUUGCGGAUUCUGAACUGUCACCUGGAGACUCUAAGCUAUCCCGUGGAAAAAAUAAGCCAACAAUGAGACAUUCCCCAUCAGAAAUUAAAGAACCAAUUAGAGAAAAAUCAUCACCAACAAGAACAUUUAAAUGUGACUCUAAAUCACCAGUAGCAGAAACUAAAGAAAUCCCAAGAGAAAUUUGUUCUCCUGGGAAAGAUGUUAAACCCUCAUCAGGAGAAAUUAAACCAUUCGAAAGAGAAACCAUAAUAUUUGAAAAUAAAGUUAAAUCUCCAUUAAAAGCGACAGCAGAACCAACAACACAAACCAAAUCUAAGAAAACUGCAAAAGAAGCAAAAUCCUUUAAUAAAGAUGCUGAGCUACAAGAAACCGUUGAAUCUCCUGUAAAAGGAACGAAAUCACGAACGCCUGAACGCAUAAGUACGAAAGAGACCAUUAUUAUCGACCGAAAUAUUAAAGCUACUACAUUAGAAAGAAAGACACCAGAAAAAGAGAACAUAUCUUUUGCCGGGAAGUCUGAGCAGACACUAAGAAAAAUAAAUGAAAAUGUCACAGAUGCUUCACAUGCACCUGAAGGAAUACCUGUGACUAAUGUUAGUGAAAAGUUUCUCUAUACUUCUAAAAAUUCUAUUUCUUUAACACUUUUUAAAUCUCAAACAGUGCCUGAAGCCACUGAAAGAAUAAUCAAAUCAGAUAAAAUUCCUGAUUCCAGAGAAUCUGAAAAUCUCAGCAGUCCUGACAAAAUUGAUGAUCAGAAUUAUCAUGUAUCUCACUCUGAUUUUAACUUCAAAGAAUACUACACAGAAUUUACUGAAGAAAUAGUGUCAAGCCUUCCUCGCAUCUCCGUCAGAGAAGCUUUAGCAGCUGGUGUUGUUGAAACAGAUACUUGCAGUAUAUUGAUUAAUAAUAAAAAGAUGCAGUUACAGAAAGCAAUUGAAGACAACUUAAUAUCUUCUGAUACUAAUCUUUCGAUCAUUAGCAAAAACGAGGUCACUUUGUCAGAUGAUCAACCGAUUAACAUGCCUGCAGAACUCAAUUCUGCUGCUGUGGAAGAAAAUUAUAAAAUAUGCGAAGAAAAUACCAGUAAACUUGAAGCGUGGAUGAAAGAUAUUGAAGAUAAACUUGCUGACCUUGGUGUGAUUGAAGAACAUCUUCCUGGUCUUCAGCUCCAAAUAUCUACUGUAAAGGUGCUUAAAGAAGAACUUGAAAGUAAGCAAAAUCUGAUAACCACUUGUCUUGAUCAAAUGCGACAGUUAGCACAGAGAGGUCUUGAAGUUUUGACUAAAGAAGAAAUAAAUUAUCUUCAGAAGAAUUUAAUCUCCCUUCGAAGGCAUUAUGAUUCUUUAGUAAAUGAAUGUGAUAGAUUGCUGAAGCGUCUGACAUCGGCUUUUGAAGAACUGCAGAAAUAUAAGUCUGAAGUCAAAAGUCUGAAAGAAUGGUUAAAUGCAGCACAGCGAGAAUUUUCCGUAAUACAGUCUUCAAUGGGGGCCUUAAAUAAAUUGGAAAGCAAAUAUGAACACAUUCGUUCUUUUACAAGUGAUGUUAUUGCACAUCAAGCUGAUCUCCGAUUCAUAACCAUGGCUGCUCAAAAAUUUAUUGCCGAAUCACAGGAUUACUUGAAAGCUCUUAAUACUCUUCGUGUAAAUCUACCUGAGAAAUUGCCUGCAAUUAAAGCAUCAGAAAGUGAAAUAAAAUCAGAGGUUCAAGAGGUUACUAAUGUUUUUCGAAAUUUUCUUAAUGAAGUUACUAGAUUAAGUGACAAUUAUGCUGUAAUUUGUAGCAAGUACCGUUCCUAUGUAGAAGUAGCUGAAAAGGCCAAAAUUUGGAUUUCUGAUGUCAAAAAGUCCUCUAAAAAAGUUAUUGAAGAACCUGUUGCUGACGAACCAUCUGCUGUUCAAGAUCAAUUAGACAAAAUAAAGCUUAUUAAUAUGGAAGUUGUUGGACAAGGAAGAAUAGUUGAAAAUGUUUAUCAGGUUGUAAAAAUCCUUACAGAUACUGCAGAAAAUUGCAACAUUGCUCCAGUUGAAGCAAAGGAUAUUGAAAAUACUUUAAACAAACUCCAAGAGGAUUACUCUGAACUUAUUAAUUCUAUUGCAUCACGCAUUAAAGAAUUACAGAUUGCUCUUAUUCAUUCACAAGAUAUUCAAGGUGGUUUAGAUAGAAUUUUAAAAUGGUUAGAAGAAACUGAAACUGCUCUGAAGCUCCAUAACAAACCUGUCAGUUUGAUAAUUGAAAAAUUGGAAGCACAGGUGCAAGAAUAUAAAAUUUUGAAAUCUGAUAUUGAAAACCAGAAGCAGAGCAUAGAAAUGUUGGCUUCAAGUGCCAAAGAAAUUUCAAGUGAUGCAAAUCCAAAACUUGCUAAGAAAGUGGAUACAAAAUUAAGGGACAUAUCUCAGAGAUUUGAUAAGCUGUGUGAAAAGAUUUCCAAGAGAUGGGCUUUAUUGGAAGAAGUAUCUGAGAGCGUCCAUGCAUUUCAAGAAAUGAGUUUGCAGCUUGAUGAAUUUUUCUCUGCUACUAUGGAACGCAUUGAAAGUAUCGACAAUGUUCACCGAACUGAUGUUGAUGGAUUUUCAUCAAUCAUUGAGUAUACUUUAAAUCAACGUAAUUCUAAAAAAGAUGACUUCGAUCAACUGUUAAAGGUUGGGAAAAUGCUUGUUGAAAAGAAAGAUGUAUCUGAUACAAGUUUAGUAAAAGAUAAAAUCAGAAGUUUGGAGGAACAAUGGAAAAAUAUUGGAGAUUUAUUAAAUGAAAAGAAACAGGUGGGCAAAGCUAGAUCAGAACAGUUAGCAGCUUAUGAUACCCUACGUGUUAAGAUUUUGGACUGGCUGCUAAAAAUGGAAAGAGACGUUGAAAAGUUAGAGCCAGUAGCUCUGGAUCAAACUGUUUUAAAGAAACAAGCCACAGAAACUCAGCAUCUAUUAAAAGAACAUACAGAUUAUUCAUCGACUGUGGAAAAAAUUAAUGAUUUAGGAGUUUCUUGUGAAUCCGUGAUGAAAUUGGAUAGUUCUAAAGGAAAAUCCAGUCCAAUGAAGAAAGCUCCGAGUCCUACUCGGAAAUCUCCUUCAAAAUCUAGAUCAAAUGAAAACUUUUCAGUUUCUCCUGUUAAAAAUCAAGUUACUACACAAAGUCCUUUAUCAACAGUUUCAAGUGGAUUUAGUAGUAGACGAAGUUCUACAGACAACAUCGGUGUUUUUGAUGAUAUUACUCCCAUUCAACAACAGUUAUCUGAAAUCAACGACCGAUACAACUGCUUGGGUGUUAAAAUUUCUGAACGUAGCCAAGAAAUAUCCACUGUAACGGAAGAAAUUCAUUCAUUUUACACUAUUAUAAAAGAAUUAGCAACUUUUAUAGAAGGAAGGCAGAAGCGUCUUCCAAAAGAAAACGUACUGCUUACAAAAGGAAGCAUUGACAAUCAUAUUGCUAACUUGAAAGAAAUUCAGAGAGAAGUUCUUGAAAAGCAGCCUGACAUGGACAAUCUUAAAAUGAACAUUCUUUGCACUUUGAGUAGAAGAAAAGCAGCAAAAGCUACAGAUCUGCAAGAAGAGUUGCUUAAUAUUGAGAAAAAGUGGAAUUCUCUUUCAAACAAUAUCAAACAAAUUCUUACCUUCCUGCAAGAUUUAAAAGAAUUUCAGGACUCUCAGCAAUUGAUGCAGAAUUGGUUAACACAAAAAGAGAAAAUGUUUCAAGUAUUAGGGCCUAUUGCAUCAGAGCCACGAAUGGUUACAUCUCAGGUUCAGCAAGUACAGGUUAUGAGGGAUGAGUUUACAUCACAAAAGUAUUUAAUUGAUCGUCUAAAUGAGUUAUCAAAGACAAUUAUAUUGCAUUUACAAAAUACUGGAUCAAGCACUGCAAAAAUCAAUGAACAAAUGGAUAUAAUUCAGCAACAGUGGAACGCUAUGUCUGGAAGAUUAAUCGACAGAGAAAAGAGUUUAGAAGCGGCUAGUAGUAUUGUUAAAGAUUUCCACAAGAACUUAUCUGAAUUGCAAGGGAAAGUACAGCUUGUUAGUGAUAAAUUCGAUGCUUUGGAAGAAAAAGAAGUGACCUUAGAAAUUCUUCUCAAGAAACUUUCGGAAAUGGAAGAAGAACUAGAUAAACAAAGGCCUUUACUUGCUGAUGCACAAAGUUUCUGUGAACAACUUUGUGAUGUACUAACAGAUUCGGCAUCAAAAACUGAGAUCAAGUACAAAAUCAGUCUGAUAGAGAAAUCUUAUGGCAAUCUCAAGAAAAAAAUCGAUAAUAAAAAAGCUGAAGUUGAAUCAUCUUUAAAAGAAGAUAAAGUAUUUUUCAAAGUAUGCGAGGAAAUAUGUUCAUGGUUGAAGACUAUUGAAACAUCAUUUUCUCAUUCUGGUCCAAUCUCAGCAGAUUUAUCAAAGUUAUUAAAGGAGAAAGAAAAUUAUGAGAGCUUCUAUAAGGAUAUUAUGAAUAAAGAACACGAAGUUUAUUUGUGUUUGAGCAAAGGGUCUGAUAUGGUAAAUAAACUGUCAGGCAAACAAGAAUCUUCCUUAAGAGCAAAAUUGGAUUCCAUUAAAAAGCAGUUUGAAAAGAUAAAGAAGAAUGCCAUUGACAGGCACACUAGUCUUCGUAGUUGCUAUGAAAACUGUAAAAGGUAUCAGUCUGCUGUGGAUACCUUUAUUCCUUGGCUCCAAGAUGUCGAGGAAAGAUUUCAUAAUAUAAAACCAUCAAACUUAAGGCGUGAAACGUUAAGCAAACAGUUAAAAGAAACGCAGGCAUUGAAAAGCGAACUGUCUGUUCAUUAUCAAGAAUUUCAAAAUAUUCAGCAAGUUGGAGAAGACAUUAUUUCAUCUUGCGAGACUGACAAAGAACCAACAAAAAAGCAGCUGAUAAGUUUGAAGAAAAAAUGGAAUGAUCUUAACACAGAUGUCAGUACCAAAGUUCAAUCUCUUGAAGAUUUGUUCCAAACAGUACUCGAAUUUGAAGAAAACUUGCGUGAUAUUCAACAUGGAGUCCAACGUCUGGAAGAUAAAAUGUGUUCUCAUGAUGCUUUAGGUGAUGUUUCAUGUGAUCCUGUAUUGCUGGAUUGUCUAAAAGUUCUUUUAGAGGAGGCUGUUGGAAUGAAAAAUGAAAUAACUAAAUUGAAAAAAUUUGCAAAAGUGGUCAUACAAAAAGCCGGGGAUGGGACUGAUACCACAGAAAUUUUGAAAAGUGUUGACGAUAUUGAAAAGCGAUAUACUACUAUUACAAAGAAUUUAGAAACUCGAUGUGCAACUCUAAGUGCAUCUCAUAAAAUUAUUACGGUUUUUAUGGAACACAUAAAGUCUCUUCGUACCGAAUUAAGCAACUUAGAUGAAGCCUUCGACAAUAUGAGACCAAUUGCCCGAGAUCUCGCAAGUCUCAAGAAUCAAUUAAAAGACUUGAAAGAUAUCAGAUCUAAUCUUUCUCAAACAAAGAAAAAGUAUGUCGCCUCAGAGAAGAUAUACGAUGAUAUUUCCAAGCAGGAGCAUAUCUCUGAAACUAAAAGUUAUUUGGAGCAGAUAAAUAAUUUGAGCAAGCAAAUUUCUCGACUUGAAGAACAUAUAAAUGAAAGAGAAACAACUAUCAUUACUAUGACAACCCGAAUCGAGAAUUUUUACACUAUGUAUUCAGAAACAGAGAAGGUUAUAAAAUCUUUACUUAAGAAAGAGGAAGAGUUUGAAGCCUCUGUUGGUGAUGUAGAGACAAUUCGCAAGCAUCAACAAAAGUUUAAAGAAUUUCAAUCUUCAGAAGUAGUGCCUUUGAGUAAACAAAUAGUUGAAGUUAAUAAAAUUGGACAAGGACUUAUUCAGUCUGCUACAAGUGGAGUUGAUACUACAGAUUUAGAGCAGAAAUUGGAAAUUCUUAAUAAUUCUUGGAAUAGUUUACAGGAAUCCAUUAAUGAAAAAGAGAAAAAAUUGGACAUAGCCCUACUUCAAUCUGGAAAGUUCCAAGAAGCUCUAAGUGGUGUUCAAAAAUGGCUUAUCGAUACCGAAGAAAUGGUAUCAAAUCAAAAAGCUCCUUCACCAGAUUUUAAAGUGUGCAAAGCUCAAGUCCAAGAACAAAAGUUCUUGAAGAAAAUGUUACUUGAUCGUCAAAAUAGUGUCAUGUCUUUGAAAGCUAUAAGAACAGAAAUCAUUAGUAAUACAAAAACCACUGAAUUGGAGCAAGCUGAAACUUUGAUGGAAAAUAUUAGUCAUCGUUUCGAUGAAUUGAUAUCUACAGCUGAAGAGCGCAUGACUGUUCUUGAGAAAAUCAUACCUCUAGCUCAAGAAUUUCAAAUUGUAUCAACUCCUCUCGUCGAAUGGCUUGAAAGUUGUGAAAAGAAAUUGCUCUCUAUGACUUCUGUUCCCGUGGAAGAAAAUAAAAUCAAAGCUAUGGUGGCUGAACAUGAAAAAGUUUCAAAGGAUAUUCUUCAACACAAGAAACCUGUUGAGCAGUUGAAUACCAUUUAUGAAAAGCUUAAAACAAUUACUACAACCAGUGAAUCAGAUUCUUUGUGCCAGAAAAUCAGCACAAUUAAUGAAAAAUUCAACGAAAUUAAAAACUCAAGUGAAAAUGUGGGUUCACUUCUUAAGGAUGCUCAAAAAGGAAUCGGACAGUUUUCCACAACUUACAUCAAAGUUAUAACUUUUAUAGAAGAGACAACAGUUCAACUGACACACUUUCAAGUUUUAAGUGUUUACUCUGACAAACUACAAAAUCAGCUGAAGGAAUUGAAGAAACUCAAAGAGAAAUUAGAUACUGAAGAAUCUAAUGUUCAGAGAGUAAUAACAUCGGGUGAAGAAAUUAUGAAAGUUGCUUCAGGAGAGGAUUCCAUUCAAAUGAAAGAAAAAUUGGAUUCUCUCAACAUCAAACUUUCUGAGAUUUCAAACAAAAUUAAGGAAAGACUGAAGACAGCAGAAGAAUCUUUACCUUUGGUUGAAACAUUUUAUACCGCCAUCAAUAAAUUAUCUACCUGGCUAGAUUCUUUAGAGAAAUCUCUGAAAAUUCUGGAUAGUAGUACUCUGGAUGUUCAGAGAGAAAGCAUAAAAAAAAUGGAAGAAAGCAUUCCUGAGUACCGAAGUGUUUUGGAAACUAUUAAUAAUACUGGCCCGCGUCUGUGCCAACUAGCUGCUGGAGAAGGAUCUGUAGUAAUAGAAAAUCAAAUGUCUCGGGCUAAUCAGAGAUUUGAGAAGGCGUCUGAACAAAUUCAAAGAAAGGCUGAACGUAUUCAACUAACACUCCAACGGAAAUAUGAUGUUAUUAGCGAUAUGGACGAACUUUCUGAAUGGUUCCAAGAAACAGAAAAGCGAGUUAUCGAAGAUGAAGGACUUUCGUCUGAACCUAAUGUUUUAACAGUUCUUUUGAAAGAACAAAAGUCUUUAUGUGAAGAGUUGAAUGCACAAAAGAACAGAGUUCGUGAUGUCAUUACAACAGCCAAAAAACUGAUGAGAGAAUCUUCUUCAGAAGACUUAUCCUACUUUCAUGAAAAAAUGGAAGCACUGAAAACAUAUUCAAAUAAUGUAUCUAUUGUUUGUCAAGAAAGAUUGAGUGCACUUGAACAAGCCCUUCCUCUUGCCCAACACUUCUUUGAGACUCAUUCUGAUUUAGGACAGUGGUUGGAUGAAGUGGAAGGAGAAGCAGAACUUUUAGAAGCUCCUGCAUUAAAUUCCGUACAGAUUAAAAAACAGCAGGACAGAAAUAAAGAUUUGACACAAUCCGUUCAGGAGCAUAAACCGUUGGUUGACAAACUUAAUAAAACCGGAUCUGCUCUAACUAAACUUUGCAAAGAUGACGAAUCUAGCAAACUAGAAGUUAUUCUUGAGUCUGAUAACAGUAGGUACAAUGCUCUUCGAAAAAUUCUUCGUGAACACCAGAAUGCUUUAGAAGAAGCUUUACAAGCAACAUCACAAUUUUCGGAUAAAUUGGAAGGUAUCUUGAAUGCACUGACUUCAACUGCUGAUCAGCUUCAUAAUGCUGAACCAAUUUCAGCACAUCCUGAUAGAAUACAAGAGCAAAUAAAUGACAACAAAGCUGUUCUGCAAGAUCUUGAUAAACGAACUAUAACUCUAGAAGCUGUUAAAAAAGCGGCAGAUGAUGUAAUAGGAAAAGCCAGUACGAUAGAUGAACCAGCUGUAAGAGACAUAAAAAUGAAAUUGGAUAGAUUGAAUGAUUUGUGGGUGACAAUUCAGACAGCUGCUCAUAAUCGUGGGAAGUCCUUGGAAGAAGCUUUAGUAGCUGCUGAAAAAUUCUGGGAUGAACUAACUGCUGUUAUGAAAGCAUUGAAAGAACUUCAGAGCAAUCUUAAUUGUCAGGAACCCCCAGCUGUAGAACCUGCUGCUGUUCAACAACAACAAGAAGUCUUACAAGAAAUUAAGCAAGAAAUCACUCAGACCAAACCAGAGGUAGAUCACUGUCGUCAAGCAGGCCAAAAUUUGAUGCAAUUAUGUGGCGAGCCUGAUAAACCAGAUGUGAAGAAGCAUAUUGAAGAUUUAGAUUCAGUAUGGGAAAACGUUACUACUCUGUAUGCUAAACGAGAGCAGAAUCUGGUAGAUGCUAUGGAGAAAGCAAUGGUCUUCCAUAAUACUAUGCAGAAUUUGUUAGAAUUCUUGGAUACUUUUGAAGAUAAAUUCAGCAAUUUUGGAGCUGUAUCUUCUGAUAUAGAUGCAGUAAAAAGUCAAAUUAAUGAACUAAAGAAUUUCAAAUCUCAAGUUGAUCCACAUAUGGUAGAGGUUGAAGCACUGAAUCGCCAAGCUCAGGAACUAAUGGAGCGUACUUCUUCUGAUCAAGCUAUCUCUAUUCGAGAGCCUCUUAUUGAUAUCAAUAAGCGUUGGGAUGAUUUAUUGAAAAGCAUUGUUGAGAGACAGCGUGAAAUGGAGAAUACACUUUUGAAACUUGGGCAGUUUCAACAUGCUUUAGAAGAACAUCUGAUAUGGAUGACAAAAACUGAAAAAACAUUGGAUGAAUUAAAACCAGUAUUUGGAGAUCCACAAGUUAUAGAAGUUGUCCUUGCCAAGCAUAAGGUUAUUUCAAAUGAUAUUCAAGCACAUCAGUCUAGCAUUGAUGCUAUCAACAGAGCUGGACAUGAAUUUGUAGAUUCUGAUCGAGGCAGUGAGGAUGCUAAAUCUACACACAAUAAAUUGCAGAAUUUACAAAUACGGUGGCAGCAUUUGCAGAAUAAAUCGGCUGAACGCUAUCAGGAACUGGAAGAAGCUCUCAAAGAGGCUCAGCAAUUUCAUCAAGACAUUCAAGAUCUCCUUAUGUGGUUAAAUGACAUAGAUGGGCAAUUGGUGACAUCUAAACCAGUCGGAGGCCUGCCAGAGACAGCAAGGGAACAGCUAAAUAAAUUUAUGGAUUUAUAUAAUGAGCUCGAUACAAAUCGGUAUAAAGUGGAAAAUAUAAUUCAACAAGGUCAAAAUUAUUUGAAGAAGUCUGGUGAAAGUAAUACAAAAGCUCUUCAGCAUAGCUUGCGUACUCUGAAGCAAAGAUCAGAUAAUGUUUUAAACAAAGCAAAUGACAGGAAGAUAAAACUAGAAAUUGCCCUUCGUGAAGCUACAGAAUUUCAUGAAGCAUUGCAACAAUUUGUAGAGUGGUUAACAAAUGCUGAAAAAUACCUUACUAGUCUGAAACCUGUGAGUCGUCAUAUGAAAGCAGUAUUAGAGCAAAUUGAAGAGCAUAGGAAUUUCCAGAAAGACUUGAGUGCACAUCGAGAAGUUAUGCUGAAUUUAGACAAGAAAGGAACUCAUCUCAAAUAUUUUAGUCAAAAGCAAGAUGUCAUAUUAAUUAAGAACUUGCUUAUUAGUGUGCAGCAUCGAUGGGAAAAGGUAGUUUCAAAGGCAGCAGAAAGAACUAGAGCACUGGAUCAUGGAUAUAAAGAAGCUAAAGAAUUUCAUGAUGCUUGGACAUCACUCUCAGCAUGGCUAGACGAAGCAGAGAAAAUCUUGGAUGCAACUACUCCAAUUGGAAAUGACCCACUCAAAAUAAAGAAGCUUUUAUCGAAGCAUAAAGAAUUCCAGCGAAGUUUGGGUUCAAAACAGAUAACAUAUGAUUCAACAAUGAAAAUUGGCCGAAUUUUGAAAGAUAAAUGUCCAAAACAAGAUGUUCAACUCAUUCAAGAUAUGAUUGAUGAAUUGAAAGUUCGUUGGAAUAAAGUGUGUUCGAAAUCUGUUGAUAAACAAAGGAAACUAGAAGAAGCGUUGCUGUAUUCUGGACAAUUCAAAGACGCUGUUUUGGCUUUGAUGGAUUGGUUUGAUAAAGCAAUCACAUCGUUGUCCGAGACAAAACCAUACCAUGGUGAUUUGGAUACUGUUACUUCUUUGAUAGAACAACACAAAUCCUUUGAAGAAGAAUUGAAAAACAGAGGCUUAAGUAUGGAAUCUGUUUGUAAAACUUCUAUUGAUCUCAAAAAGCAAGCUAGUGCUACUGAUGUUGAAAGCAUAUCAACUCAAGUGGACGAAUUAAAAGCAAAAUGGAAAAUAGUUUCUGAUUUAAGUGAAAAGAAAAAACAAAACCUUUCUCAAGCUCUUCAGCUGGCUGAAAAACUGUAUAAGAUGGUACAUAUAUUAUUGGAGUGGUUAUCAGACGCCGAAAUGAAAUUGCGUUUCUUCGGAUCUCUUCCUGAAGAUGAGGAGUCAACAAGAAAGCAAAUUGCUGAUCAUGAAAAUUUCUUGAGUGAGAUGAGAGACAAAGAAAAUAUUAAAAAUGACACGUUGACACUGGCUCAAGAUAUACUUGAGAAAUGUCAUCCUGAUGGUAUAUCAGUUAUUCGACACUGGAUUACCAUAAUUCAAUCUAGGUGGGAUGAGAUAUCUGCUUGGGCUAAACAGCGUGAUCAGCGACUUCGAGAUCAUUUGCUGUCUCUACGAGAUAUUAACAGCUUAUUAGAAGAACUUCUUGCGUGGUUGAUUAAAGCAGAAUCUUCAUUAACCGAGUUGGAAGCGCAACCUCUUCCUGAUGAUUUGCCUACAUUAGAUGAGCUUAUUAAAGAGCACCAGGUUUUCAUGACAGAUAUGUCAAAAAAGCAAACUGAUGUUGAGAAGAUAUCAAAAGCAUUUUCUUCUAAGCGUCAUCAAGCAAAAACAUUAGUACCGCCAUCGCAGUUAAAGGAGAAAUCGAAGGAUAAAUCGUCUCGUUCUGGAACUCCUACUCCUCUGAAGACCUCAACUCCAUUGCGACCACAAACUGAUUCUGAUAUCAAACAUCCUAGGGCUAGGCUACUUCUAGAAAAGUGGAGAAUUGUAUGGCUUCUUGCAAUGGAAAGACAAAGAAGACUACAAGAUAGGCGUAACUAUUUGCUUGAGCUUGAUCGAAUAAAGCAUUUUGAUUUCAAUGAUUGGCGGAGCAGGUAUCUUGGUUGGCUGAAUAAUAAGAAAUCUCGCAUUAUGGAUCAGUUUAAAAAGAUUGACAAAAACAAUCACGGAAAAGUGACUAAACAAGAAUUUAUUGAUGGAAUUCUUAAAUCAAAAUUUACAACAAGUCGCUUAGAAAUGGAAAGAGUAGCAGAUAUUUUUGACAGAAAUGGUGAUGGUUUUAUUGACACUAAAGAAUAUAUUGAGACUUUACGUCCAGAACGGGAGGAUCGUCCAAAAACAGAAGCAGAAAAGAUUCAAGAUGAAGUUCAACGUCAAGUAUCGAAAUGUACUUGUGUCCAUCGUUUUAAAGUUUAUCAAGUGGGAGAAGGAAAAUAUAGGUUCGGUGAUUCUCAAAAAUUAAGAUUGGUGAGAAUUUUAAGGAGCACAGUUAUGGUGCGUGUUGGUGGAGGCUGGGUAGCUCUUGAUGAAUUUUUGGUGAAAAAUGAUCCUUGCCGAGCAAAAGGAAGAACCAACCUCGAAUUAAGAGAACAGUUUAUACUAGCUGAUGGAGUAAGCCAGUCAAUGGCUCCUUUUAAGCCGAAGCCAAGUCCUAAUUCUUCAGUUUCAUCUCAGAGUGGCACAACAAACUCCAUGCCUUCAGCUGGCCCAAUAACUAAGAUUCGAGAAAAAAGUGAAAGAAGUACGCCUAUGAGACAAAGCCGUUCUUCUGCUGAAAACAGUAGUGACAUUAGUGGACCCAGUUUCAGUGAAACAGACAGCUUUAGUAACAGAUCUGGUUUUUCUAGAACAACUCCAUCUCGUUUAAGUCCACGAACUGCAUGUGGUAAACCAUCAAGUAGGCCUUCAAGUAGGCCGUCAAGCCGUCAAGGUAGUCGACCGCCAAGCAGAGCCCCUAGUGACCUUUCCCAGGAUGGAAUAGAAGAUUUUAAAACAAAUAGAAAACAAACUAUAACUGGAAAUGGUGUUGCUCAAAAAGUGCCUGUUCUUGGGAAAGCUAAAUCAGCAUCAGAAUCUUCAAAAAUUCCAUCUGUUCAGAAAUCUACAAAGCAACCUUUAAAUAGAGACACUUCUCGAAAAAUUGAAUCGCGAAAGGAAUAAUAAAGAAAUCAUUCCAGACAUAGUGAUAUUGCAUACUAGCAGUUUUAUUUUAUUCAGUCCUUUUUAUUCUGCUCAAUAAUGCAAGUUAUCAAAAGCUAUUAACCACUCGCAAAAUCAGUACUUGUAGUACUGGGAAUUAAUAUUGCAAAAGUUGUUUAUCAGCUCACAUUUAGUUAUUGCUGUUAAAGGAAUAUAUAUUUGUAUAUAUUUAAUGCAGAGUUUAUACUUUGUAUCAGCUGGUGUCGCUGAUGAAGCUUUUUAUAUUACUACUGUAAACAAACAGUGCUUUGCAGUUAAUCACAAUGCAUUUGCUAGUCUUAUUUGCCAAAUAUAUUUUUGUGGUGAUGGAUAAUGAACGUUGAGCAGAUAUGACAUUCCAUUGUACAUGUUUCUAAUAUCUGUAUAAAUUUCUUAAGUAUGCUUCAUAUCUGUAAAAGUUGAAAUGGAAUCCUGUUUAGUCAGUUGCUAUAAAACUGAUAAGGUUAACAGCCAUGUUUUAAAUUGAAAAGUUAUGAUAAAUGUGUAAUAUUUGUCAAUAUUUUUGCACAAAAUUCAGAUUUUUUUAAGAUUUCAUAUUCAUAUAAAUAAUGUAAAGGAACAUUUGUUUAUGAAUUUAAAGUGUGCCAAGGAAACGUUCGUUAUUUAAAGAGUGUUAAAUAUAGUUAAAGAGAACAAAUUAAUUUUAUUUAGGAAGAGUUCUUAAGGAACUAGGGACAUUUUCAAUUGACAUUCCUCUUGUACAACUUUUUUAUCGUCUAUUUACAAAUUACGGUAGCAUGUUAAAAUUAGUUAAUGUAAUAUGUGAAUUCAUAUUUUUAGAAUCUUAUCUUCAAUGCUGAAAACUAAGCUGAAUAUUGUAAAACAAUUAUCUUGCCUAUUUCAUAAUAAAUAAAUAUAUAUA